UGGGGAGUGAAUGUUGUGAUCGGUGGCUCGUCCUGCAUGGGCGGCUGUACGUGCGGUUCGCUCUGCUUUCCAAAGUUAAAAAUGGCACCAUACAAAGCCGGCGAUGUAUAGAAACAGCUGAAAAUGGACUCCGGAUAUGAGUUUGAGACGAUCCAGUCUUAGAUGAAGAACUUGAGAAUAUUUUGAAUGUAGCAAGAGCGAAGAGGCAGGUGCAUCGCUACUUUUUUAUUAUUUUUAAUGUAUUUAAUAUAAUUAGGAAAGGAACGCGGUUUGGAAAAAUGAGGGAUUCGCGAUUAUGGCUCCUUGUGCCUCUCUUGCUGUCACUCGGAGGACAGUUUUUGCAGUGUGAAGCAGGGAGCUCGGUGACCCUCCCGGAGACCCUGCUCUUUGUGUCCACGCUGGAUGGCCAUCUACACGCGGUCAGCAAGCAGUCUGGGGAGAUCAAGUGGACCCUCAAAGAAGAUCCCAUCAUCCAAGUCCCCGUGUACUGGGAUGAACCAGGCUUCCUUCCAGACCCCAACGACGGGAGUCUCUACGUGUUGGGGGGCAAGAACAAGGAAGGUCUCAUGAAGCUGCCUUUCACCAUCCCGGAGUUGGUCCAGUCGUCGCCGUGCCGCAGCUCAGACGGGGUGCUCUACACAGGGAAGAAGCAGGACACAUGGUUUGUGGUGGACCCUAAAACAGGAGAGAAACAGAGCAGCUUAACCACAGGAUCGUCUGACUCCAUCUGCCCUUCUGCACCUCUCCUCUACAUCGGCCGUACAGAAUACAUGAUCACCAUGUACGACACCAAGACGCGUGAGCUGCGCUGGAACGCCACCUACAACGACUACUCGGCCCCGCUGCACGACGAGAAAUACGACUACAAAAUGGCUCACUUUACAUCCAGUGGGGACGGACUGAUGGUGACGGUGGACCGCGACUCGGGCGACGUGCUCUGGAUGCAGAACUACGGCUCGCCGGUGGUGGGCGUCUACCUGUGGAUGCAGGACAGCCUGCGACGCGCGCCUCACCUCAACCUGGCCAUGGAGACCCUGCGAUACCUCACCUUCACCUCGCAGCACAUCCACAGCAUGAAGUGGAGCUACCAGUUUGUGAAGGAGCAGGCCAGCACCAACACUCAGCUUGUCCCCACUCUCUAUGUGGGAAAACUGGACUCCCAUUUCUACGCCUCCACAUCUCUGGUCCACGAAGGGGUCUCUAUAUUGCCGCGUGGGCUGACGCUGGCGAGGAUCGAAGGGCCGACAACCGAAGGGGUGACCGUGAGAGAGCGGGGCGAGUGCGAGAUCACACCCAGUACGGAUGUCAAGUACCCACCGGGCAGCACCUACAGCCUGCACAACGAGUGGCUCCUCAUCGGUCACCACGAGCUGCCUCCCGUGGCCCACACCACCAUGCUGCGAGGCUUCCCGGAGAACCUCCACCGCUCCGGCGAGGCAGUGAUCCCACCCCAACCUGCACCGCGGACACCCUACCGCCAUCUGCUGCCGGUGGACAGAAACGGAGAGCCCGUCCCGUCGGACCGAGAAUCCCGGGGAGCCUCCGUGCCUCCUCUGAUGACCGUCCUGCCUGAAAGCCUGACCCACGAUCCCCUCACUCUGGCAGUGCUUACCCUGCUGCUGGGGGGCUGGCUCAUGUUUGUGCUCACCUACCCACGGCACAUGGCUCGCCAGGAAAAGAUGCAGCAGCAGCAGCUGGAGGAGGCCCUGGCGAACAGGCUUCAGCAGCUACAGCCCCCCCAGGCACCCCCGUCGCCCACCGACACCCCAGCCCCCCGCAGCAGCAGCGAUUCCAGCAGAAGCAGCCUGUCCGACGGCCCCAGACCGCCGCAGAACCCGGAGCCCGUCCAGGUGCAGGAUGGAGUCGAAGGGGAGGAGGUCGACGUAGGGAAGAUCUCCUUCAGCCCAUCGGAGGUGCUGGGGCACGGGGCCGAGGGCACCUUCGUGUUUCGGGGCCACUUCGACGGCCGGCGGGUGGCCGUCAAGCGCAUCCUGCCCGAGUGCUUUGAUUUCGCGGAGCGGGAGGUGCAGCUGCUGCGGGAGUCGGACGAGCACCCCAACGUGAUCCGCUACUUCUGCACCGAGCGCGACCGGCAAUUCACGUACAUCGCCAUCGAGCUGUGCGCCGCCACGCUGCAGCAGUUCGUGGAGGAUCCCGAGUUCCCGUACCCGGGCCUGGACCCGGCGACUCUGCUGCAGCAGACCAUGUGUGGCCUGAACCACCUGCACUCCCUCAACAUCGUGCACCGGGAUUUGAAGCCGCGGAAUAUCCUUCUGUCCAUGCCGGGGCCGCUGGGGAAGGUGCGAGCUCUGAUCUCGGAUUUUGGCCUGUGUAAGAAGCUGCCCGCCGGGCGCCACAGCUUCAGCCUGCGCUCGGGGAUCCCCGGUACGGAGGGAUGGAUCGCCCCUGAAGUGCUGCGUGACCCGCCUAGGGACAAACCGACCAGUGCCGUGGACAUCUUUUCGGCAGGAUGCGUCUUCUACUAUGUGGUGUCCAGGGGUCAGCAUCCCUUUGGGGACACCAUUCACCGGCAGGCCAACAUCCUGACGGGAGAGUACAGCCUGGACCACUUCAUGGAAGACCAGCAUGACGACGUGAUCGCGAGAGACCUCAUCGAGAGGAUGAUCGGCGCCCGGCCGCACUCCCGACCCUCCACAGCCUGCAUCCUCAAGCACCCGUUCUUCUGGAGCCCCGAGAAGCAGCUGCAGUUCUUCCAGGAUGUGAGUGACCGGAUAGAGAAGGAGCCAGCAGACAGUCCCAUCGUACAGCGGCUGGAGGCGGCAGGCAGGGCGGUGGUCAGGACCAACUGGAGGAUGCACAUCUCAGUGCCCUUGCAGACAGACCUCCGCAAGUUCCGCACUUACAAAGGCAACUCAGUUCGGGAUUUACUGAGAGCCAUGAGGAAUAAGAAGCACCACUACCACGAGCUACCGUCGGAAGUGCAAGACACUCUUGGAGAAGUCCCAGAAGGCUUUGUCCACUACUUCACCUCCCGUUUCCCUCGGCUGCUACUGCACACGCACGGCGCCCUGCGCUUUUGUGCUCACGAGCGCCUCUUUCACACCUACUACCCCCCACCAGGCACUGACGUCAUGAAGGAAUAGCGUAGGUACAGGACGCCCAUCGCUGUGACCCCCGUCUUGGACGUGUCCCCUUUGGGAUCACGUCAGCCUGGACAUGCGUCUGCCGCAUGGAACGAGGUUUCCUCCGUGCAAACCACUGCGUUAAACAGUCUGUGGAAGCAGAAACCUGUGGAAAGCAGCAUACAAACGGAUGUCUCACGGAAGCCUUGUUACUGCAGUGAGGGAUGAGGACUGCGCUGUUACACCUGUUGAAAUAAACCAGAGUUUUUCCUUUUUCUUUUUAAACAUGUUUCUCAAAGAUACAUUGAGUGUGACCCCAGAUACAAUAUUUACAAUAUAAACUGAGUAUUUUAAAGAAGCCACCCCCUAAUUUCAACAGCUGGCUGCUCCCUGAGGAUGAUGAAACCAUCCUGGCUGUAGAUUAACAUGAUUGUUUACAAAUUGGAUUAUAGCAUUGUUUGUUUAUUUUUUACACAAAUUACUAGCAUUGCAAACUAAUACCUGAAAACAAUUUCAUUGUCUUGCUUUGGUACAUUUUAACCCUGGUCUCAAUUGCACAUUAAAUGCUGGUAUUGGUUCUAGCAGAAGCUCCUCAGGCUUGGUGUUUAAGCAAAUUUUAUACAGUAACAUUUCAGGUGUUAGCAAUUCGGUUACCUCAGCUAAAUUAAACACAAAUGGUCAGCAGGACAAGGGAUGAAACCAGGGGUCUGUUUCAUGGUUGACAAAAAAGUUAUUCUAGUUUCAAGGUGGUUUGGCAGUAAAAUGCCAACUUAAUGUGCCAACACAAUAUGGGCAAGACAACAGCAUAUUUGUGACAUUUUAAACUUUUUCCACUCUGCACACAUAGGUUGCAGGCAUUUGCCCAUGCUGCAGAAUAAAUGUUUUGUACAUAGAAUUUUGAAAUGGGACUGGGGAUACUUUUAUACUUGUACUUUUGGAAUAAAUAUAUUUUCAAAUUGAGUACUUGUCAGUGAAAAAAUUAAAAUUUGAUCUUCGAUAAA